GGUGCACGGUUUAAUAUUGGUGCAGCCAGUUACAGGGUUGGUUUGUUGAGAUUCGGUCACCUGUCGACACGGGGAGAAAAAAAAAAAAGUUGCUCAACCUGUCCUGCUGCGUUUCAGUCAUUGCAACGCCGUCACGGAGAAAGGAGGAAGGAGAGGGAGAGAGAAAGAGAGAGAGAGAGAGUUCAGCAUCGUUGGAAAGACCUCAGACUGUCAGCGACCCGACACCAGGGAGACGGACCGAGUGUGUCUACACAGCGACAAGAGAGCGGGGGGCUACAGGAAGGCUCCGGCAGAGGAGAACACCAGGCCUCAACAUGGACACCAGCGCCACAACAGAAGUAAAUGUCAACACAACAUUAACAACAAGAUCGCCCCAAGAAAUUCUGUACCGGAGUUCUGGUGCUAUCGUAGCUAUAAUUGUAAUCGGAAUAAUACUGAUUUUCACCUUGGUGCUGUUCCUUUUAAAAUACUACAACAGGCAAAAUCGGUUGAAAAGAGACCUGGCACCAAAAUCAUCAAAGCAACACUCACUUCCAGCUCUGCAGACCAACAUACCUGUGAGUAGACCAACGUCGCUGGUCUCAGUUUCAUCAAAUAUCCCGCUGGAAAGGAAAUUUUAACAUGACUCCUAACGGCACAUGGACAGAAAUGUACUUUUACACACCUGGAAUCUUUGGACCACACAGAGUUGUGGGAGAAAUGUCCUGCUAUUACUGCCGGCCUGACGUAAUGGGGAGAGGAUACCGCUGAGAUCGCAAGUCUUCAGGCAGCACUUUACUUUUCUGACUGCAGAGACUUCAAAGAAACUGACGAUGAUUCUUGGGUUCACAAACCCCAACAAGAAACUCUUUGUUUAAAUGCUCAAUGAUUCUCCUUUAAGAAGAGAAGAUUAUUGCUAUUCCUCACAGGACUUGAAUACAGAACAUGUGAAAACUUAACUCAAAGAAAUGCCAUUUAGAGCCCUUUGGAACCCACUCUUUUCAUCCUCGUAUUAUAGCUUAUAACUCUUUCUUUGAAAACUCCAGUAAUGUUGUAUACUUUCUACUACUUGGUAAAAUUAUUGUUUUUGGUGGUUGAGGCAGGGACUAUCCAAACAUCUAAGAAACAGUUACACAAGGACAGGUUUGGAGGGAUAUGGACCAAAUGUGAGCAGGUGGGACUAGUGUAGCUGGGACAUGUUGGCCGGUAUGGGUAAGUUGGGCCAAAGGGCCUGAUUCCAACUGUAUCACUUUGACUAUGACUCUAUGUUUGUUAACAUCGCAAAUCUUGAAAAGAAACCUUAGUGGAAUGCUGGGCACAUCAUUUUCAAACCAUUCAAUAGUUCUGAGUUGAUUUGCUCUUUUGAAUGCACAUCAAAAGUGGCAUUUAAGUUUCACCAGUGACAUCUUAGCUAUUACUGCUAGGUUCCAAUUUGAUAUUCCUUCUGUCAGCUUAGUUUUGUUAUUUUAUACCUGUGACUUUAAUUGUUUGAUUACGUGCAAUACUCCAUAUUCAUCAGUGUUAAAUCUUCCUCGCUGCUCUCCCCCUCAAACACGCAACAUUUAUCAGUGAUUUAAUUGUCCUCAAACGUAACAAGAUUCCAGUUGUUGAUAGCAAUUGAAUAGUUUAACCUAAUUGGUACACAGGCUUUGGCAGUUUCCAAUUGACUUCUAAUCCUUUCAAUUUUCCCUUCUAAUUCAGACCUUUUGUUUUAUCUUUAAUCUUAAAACUUUUACUUUGUUUGGAAAAUGUUUACAUUAAGUUUCUGUUAAUGUUUUCUGAAGAUGGAGCCAAGCAAUGUCAAGAUAAUACUUGAUCUGAAAUGGCCUCGUAGAAAUGAUGGUAUUUAUCAGAAUAGGAUCUUUCUAAAUCCAUGCUGGUUUUCUCCUGUUAAGUUAUAGACAAGGGGUACUCUUCCACUUUAACACUUGAAACCAUUUUACUGUUAUUAGAUUAUUUGCCCAACUCGGAUUUUGUGCUCUGUUUUGGGAGAUAUAUUUACGGUAAAAAUCCUGCUGUUACGACCUGCAGCCGAGAAUUGCAAACAGUCCUGCCUUUGGAAUAUUUUCUGUCAAAACAUGUAGUGUAAAAACUUGUGUAAACCAUUUGUAUUUGUGGGUUUCACAAGCCAGACUGCUUGGCUGUAAAGGCCAAGCACACAGCAUCAAUAUUUCAUGGAAACAUUGACUUUUCUUUUUCAACUUCAAUGUAAGCUUCAAUCUUUAAACGUUGAAGUUACAUUAUUUCUGCAGUUAAUUAUUAUUUUUUUCUUUCCUGGCAAAAUGUUUCUGAGAGUAGUUAAUUUAUGCUGGCGAUGAAAGAAACCAGUGGGGAAUCUACGGCCAAAUGAAAUGAAAGCAGUCAUUCUGACAUAAUAUUGAGUGUACUUGAGGAGUAUAUUCUGUGUUGAAUAAUUAUUUUUUUAAUUUAUUGUUUCGUGUAAAUGCAUAUGUAACAUUAGAACAGCCUGGUAAUGAUGACCAAUAUGAUUGAUUGUACAGUUGUUUUGAUUUUAUUUUUUUAUGUGACCGAUCAGAAGAAGCCUUCAAUGUAUGUGGGGCCUUCUGAGUUAAAGGUAAUGAAGCCUAAAAUGGCGGGAUUAGCCUGAGGCAUUCACAAACAGAACACAGCGCUGAUAAAAAACUUUGAAGCUGGUUCUUGGCUGAAGAGAGAACC